CCCUCCUCCUCUUCUCUCCCUCAGGGCCUCCAUGCUCCCAGCGUGCACCGCGGCGUGGUUUGAAUGGCGCUGGCGACGAGGCGGAGUGGGCCCAGGCGCUGAGGACUAGCAGCCCCUCGAGCGGACGGCUUCCCUUCCCCUUCCCUUUCCCCUUCCAGGCCUCGCCGGCAGCCCUAGCCCCGCCGGACCAUGAGGAGCAGCAGCAGAAUUCCAUUACAGAUAACUAAUUGAAGGUGAUGGGCAUAAGGUUCAGUUGUUACAAGGGAUAUUGAUACUACAGUAGAUUACACAUGCAGGAUUUCAGAGAUUAUGGCAUCUGAAGCCCAAAAUGUUAGAAAAAGGAGCCUAUUGUAUGUCGAGGGUCGUCCUAUUGAUCUCCCUAGAAAAAGAAGCUCUUGUUCCAUUAAUGAGAACAUGAAGGAGGGUAAGAAAUCUACAAAACAUUUGGCUUCUUGCUCAAGCAGAACAACAGUUGGACAAUCUGUGACCAACCCUCACCCUCUGUUCAAAGUAGUAUAUUGCAGAAGAAAAGUUCACUACUAUUCUCCAAAGCCUUGUUUCAGAAAGAAAUCACUCCCUAAAGUCAAGGGUCGUGACAUGGCAAAUAAAGAAAAUGAACUGGCAUGUGCAGGUAAUCUGCCAGCAAAACUGCCUGCUGAUGGUCGCACAUUCUUGCUGAAUUCCAGUGAUUCUGGUCGUGCUCAAACAGAGAGUCCUUCAUCAAAAUACAGUGGAUUUUUUUCAGAGGUUUCUGAAGAUCAUGAAACAAUGGCACAAGUUCUCUUCAGUAGAAAUCUCCGGCUGAAUGUAGCUUUAACCUUCUGGAGAAGAAGAAGUAUAAGUGAGCUCAUAGCCUAUUUAGUGAGAAUACAGGAUCUGGGUGUAGUGGUAGACUGCCUUCCUGUUCUUACCAGCAGUUUACAGGAAGAAAAACCAUAUAUUUCUGUUGGCUGCUGUGUAGACCUUCUACCAUUAGUAAAAUUAAUGCUUAAAAGCAAAUUUGAAGAAUAUGUGAUCGUUGGUUUAAAUUGGCUCCAGGCUGUGAUUAAGAGAUGGUGGUCAGAGCUCUCUGCCCAUACAGAAAAGAUAGAGGAUGGAAAUAUACAAAUUUUAAAAGAACAAUUAAGUGGAUUAUGGAAACAAGAAAAUCAUCUUACUUUGGUUCCAGGAUAUACGGGUAAUAUAGCAAAGGAUGUGGAUGCUUAUUUAUUACAGCUGCACUGACAUUCUUGGAGGGAAACAUGUGUGUGUACACACUGCUGUGUUCUGGCCACGGAAAAGCCCUUCAAGUAACACUGAACUAUAUACUAUUUCCAAAAGGACUUCUCUUCUGGAAACUGUCUGACAGAAGAGGAUAUUAGAAGAUGAGACUGUUUAAUGCAACCACUAAAAACCAUCUGCUUCACAUUGAAGUGGAAAAAAAAUCUAAUAGGAGCAUCUUUUACUUCAGUGAGGUGAAAGUGCACUAUGAAAACUGUAUGUAUGCCUUUGCUGCAUUUGGGAUUUGUUCAGUUACCUGCUGAAGUUGUGAAAGUGUUUCUACCACAUAAUUGUAUAAAACAGCAAAAUGUAUUUGUGAAGAAAGAAUUGCAGAACCCGUCACUAGGAACCACAAGAGAUCAGUCUUCAUAAAUAUUUUUUAAACUUUGUUUUUCAUAUGAACUGUAAAAAUGUGUUUAUAGCCAAGAUAUGUUACAAUUUUGCAGUUUUGCUGUACUGAAUUUUUGAAAUGUGUAUCUGCUAUAUAUUAAUCAAGAUAUUAAAGACUAUUUUUGUUGCACUACUGAGAAACUGUAUAUAGCAAGAGGCCUUAACUACUAGUAUUGCAAAUAGCCAAUCUAUUAAGAUACAUAUAGAAGGAUGGAAACUCUUUAUUGAAAUCAGGACGUUUACACAAAUUGUGUACAAAUCAUUUUGAAAAAAAUUGCGCACUUAAAUAUAUUUAAGUGGAUAUUUCCACUGACUACUUAACCCGUUGACCUAAUUGUAAGAGAAUAAAGAAAUAUAGGCAUGGAGAGAAACUGAUGGCCAAAUUCAGCAGAAUGUUAAACAUGUACACCUAGAAUUUUUAGUACCUAAAGUUUCUAAUAUAUUAUGUUGUGUAUAAUUUAAAUUACCUACAAUUGCAUAAACAUACUAGACAUUACUACUGUUUUAAAUUAAGUUCAACACUAUCUGGGUCUCCAAAUCUACUUAGAACCUCUUCUGUUGUACUUAAAAGAUUUAUAACUCCUGUUCUAGAAAUGUUUACAGCCAGGGUAGGCCUGUGCUUUUCAGAUUUAACAACGCGUCUGCUACCUCCUCUAACAAAUGUUGCUGCAGCUGUUGCAAAUGUAGUUGCCAUAUGGCCAUAUUCCUAACUUAACAUUUAAACUUAACUGGAAUAUGAAUGCAAUACAUCCAGUGCAAAAGUUUACAACUGUUCUUUUAUUGAUUUGUGAUAUUUUAGUUUAACCUGCUGUGGUUUAUCAGCUAUAUUAAAAAGCAAAACAGAGCUUGAUGGGUUUGUGGGAUGGCACCUAUGUUUUAUGUAAGUAAUAAAUGUUUGUCCAAAUAAAAUUGUGCAAAGUGCCAGCUGUGCACUAAAACAAACUGAAAUGUAUUUUUGUAAGAUGUCAACCAAGUUGAUCAUCAGACUUAACUUUGAUAUUUGAAUUAGUCUAGGGAUUAUACUUGAACUGCUGCUCUGUGGAACUGCAGCCUCUUAUACACAGAACCUCUUUUUUGUAUUCCCAGGUUGUUAUAGUGCUGGUCAAAAUCAAGGGACCAGUAUCUCUACACAGACCUACUAUGAUCACUUUCCCAAAGUUACUCCAAGUUUCUGUAAAUCAAGAAAUUGUCAUAACCAGAAUAAAAUCCUGUUUUGUUGCCUUGG